GACCACCACCAACACCAUUGGACACUCAAGAACUUUUUGAAUGUCUAAAAAAUUUAUUACCUAAGGAUAAUGUUGAGAUUCCAUGUUCAAUUGAGUUGUCAUCAUCUUAUGCAUCAACAACUACCACUAUUAUUACUUCGCAAUCUGCUUUUACUCCUUAUAAUAAUCAUUCUUCUCAUACAAUAAAUCCUACUCCAGUAACUACUUCUCCAAAUAAAAUUUUAUUAUCAGAAAUACAACUUUUACUUCCUGAAGGAGAAUUAGCAGAUAUUAAACAGCUUCUUACUGCUCCAGAGUUCCAUACAGCAUUAGAGAAUAUUGAACCCGAGCAACUUUUAGAGAAUGAUUAUAUUAAACAUCCAGUUCAUUUGGAACAAUAUCUCAUGGAAGGAAGUUACAAUAAAGUUUGGAAUUCCAGAGAUAAAGUUCCUGCGCCAGAAUAUCUUUUUUUUAUUGAUAUUUUAAUGGAAACCAUUAGUGAAAUUGCUAGUUGUAGUGAAAAGGCCUAUGAUAAUUUACCAUUAUCAGAUGCAGCAACGUUAUUAUUUUAUAAUAAUAAUAAUCAACAUGAAGUUUCAAAUUUUGCAACAGAGCGUGGAUGGAAAAUUAAUCCAGAGGAAAAGAAAAUUUAUUUUACAACAAAAGAUGAUAAUCAAGUUGAAAUACCAUCAUUUAAUAUUAUUAGACAAUCACUUCACUAUGCAAGAGAAUUAGAAAAAAUUGUAUAA